AUGGCCCCGUCUCGGAGUUUUAUAGGAUUUUUAAAUCCGAAAACCAUUGGUUCAGUAUUCAGUAACAAUAUUUCUAAGGCACCUUGCCGUUAUUUUCAUAAGUGCACUAAUUGUCGCGAUUUUUUGGUUGCUCCCGUAGUAUCUGUAUCUCCACUGGCAAAUAAAAAUUUUAAAUAUAACUUAUUCGGCACAAAACAUCGAUUUAUUCACACCACACAUAGUUUAAAUGCUCGGGUAGACUAUUACAAGGUACUUGGAGUGGCUAAGAAUGCUUCGCCUAAGGAUAUAAAGAAAGCUUAUUAUCAGCUAGCUAAGAAGUACCAUCCUGACGCAAAUAAGUCAGAUCCCGAAGCUUCGAAAAAGUUCCAGGAAGUUUCUGAGGCGUAUGAGAUUCUAUCAGAUGAAAAUAAACGUAAGCAGUAUGAUACCUAUGGGACAACAUCAGAACAAAUGGGCAUGGGAGGUCCCAGCGGACCUGAUGGGUUCACUCAUCAAUGGCAAUAUAAGUCUACUAUAGAUCCCGAGGAAUUGUUUCGCAAGAUAUUUGGCGAUGCCGGCUUUAAAAGCGAGUCUUUUAGUGACUUUGCUGAGAGUCAGUUUGGUUUUGGUGCAGCUCAAGAGGUUAUUGUCAAUUUGCGGUUUACUGAAGCAGCCCGCGGAGUAAAUAAGGAUAUAAAUUUAAAUGUGGUAGAUACUUGUCCAAAAUGCCAGGGUUCAAGGUGUGAACCGGGUACAAAAGCAAUAAGGUGUACUUAUUGCAAUGGUUCUGGUAUGGAGACUUUCUCUAGAGGUCCAUUUGUAAUGCGCUCCACCUGCAGACAUUGUCAUGGAACAAGAAUGUUAAUUAAAUUCCCAUGUGUUGAGUGUGAAGGCAAAGGACAGUCUGUGCAACGUAAGAAGAUUACGGUUCCAGUGCCGGCGGGUGUUGAAAAUGGUCAGACUGUUCGCAUGGCUGUGGGUAACAAUGAAGUGUUUAUCACCUUCAAGGUGGAGGAGUCUAAUUAUUUCAAACGGGAUGGUCCUGAUGUUCACACCGAUUGUACGAUUUCAGUAGCCCAGGCGGUAUUAGGUGGCUCAGUCAGGGUACAAGGCUUGUAUGAGGAUCACACAAUACAGAUAAUGCCAGGCACUUCGUCACACAGUACAAUACGCUUGUCGCGGAAGGGUAUGAAAAGGGUAAGCCAACAUGGCUAUGGAGAUCACUAUGUUCAUGUAAAAAUACAGGUACCGAAAACACUCACCGACAAACAGAAGGCUCUAAUGUACGCAUACGCCGAGUUAGAGGAAGACACACCGGGCCAAAUACAUGGGGUUUCAUAUGACAGAGAUGAAAAUACAAAAACUAGUAGCAGUAAUACAAAUGACACGGACUCUCAAAAGAUCCACCAUACGAAUAGAGAUUCGGAGUAUAGCGGACGCGAAAAGUCCGAAAUGUGGACGUUCAUUGAUAGUUUGCUCGAUGCCUAUCGAAAUAACACGGGGAGUUUCGUGGCCGGUUUCCUAGUUUCCAUAUUUUUCAUUCUGUUUUUCGCCCUAGUUGAUUACGACGAUAGAUUAGGAGUACAGAAAUAUUUAGAAGAGAAUGUAAACGAAAACGACAGUCAGUAUUUGGACACACCGUUGGGCUACCAAAGAACCAUUAAGAGGCAGAAAGAAAAGAACGCAGAUUUGUACGAAGCC